ACUGGGCCGGCAAAUCAAAACAAAUAGUAGCACCAUGGUCAACAGAAUAACCGUUUUCCUGGUCGUUGGCCUGACUAUGAUUGGAGCAUCUGAGACAAGCCUAGUGAAUCAAAGACUAAAAUUAUUCGAUUAUGAUCAAAUUGAUUUUACCGCCAUUACAACGGAUGACGAACAGUGCAGUGCUGACAUGAAGGUUAUUGUGGAGGCUUUAAAAACCAGAAGUACCUGGGCUCUGAAAAUGAUCGAUUCAUGGGGAUCCUUUCCCUCCGGCGUUUUGUACGGCACAUUCUAUGAUCUGGGCAAUUUUGAUGAGUGCCUGAAAGUUCACCAUGAGAUUAGUAGCUCCCAAACGAUCCUAGGAAAGUACUGCUUUAUGGGGAUUCCCAUCAAGGAUGUCACUGAAAUCGAAGCGCUUCAAUCCAUGCAAAUAAAGAUAGCCACAUGUUUUCCCGCCUCAUGCUCGGGUCCUCAAAUGGAAUCGUUUGCUAAGCAGUUACAUCAAAUACUCUUUAAUAUUACCGAGAGUAAUAUUACUUUAAACAUUGAUGAAUCCGGGUGCCAAACGGGCGAGUCUGAUCCAUGGGAUGGUCUAACUAUCUUUACAGUUGCAUUUUUGUCGUUGCUUACUCUGAUUGUUGUUAUCAGCACAUUGUAUGACUAUUUUCUGUGUAACGAUCAAAAAAAGCUUCCUCUAUUAGUCAAGAUUGUCUCGGCUCGGGCGAACUCUCGAUCCCUUUUCCGCGUUUCGGACACCAGCACAAAUCCGAAUGUAAUUGACUGUCUUCAUGGCAUUCGCUGCUUGUCACUUAUCUGGGUGGUUUAUCUCCACGAGCACAUGUAUUGCUUGAUAUCCCCCAAUAUUAAUUUUACCUAUGCGAUUUCGUGGCUGGAAAAACCCAUGGGGAGCUUUUUCCAGCAUGGUUACUUCUCAGUGGAUACCUUUUUGUUUAUCGGGGGCUUGCUUGUGUCAAUGACUGCCUUGCGGACUAUGGAAAAGACCAAGGGGAAACUGAAUGUUCCGAUGAUGUAUUUACAUCGCGUCAUUCGUAUCUGGCCUGUCCUGGCCCUGGCUAUACUCAUAUACGUAAAGAUGAUGCCUUUAGUGAGUGGAGGACCACUUUUCAAGAGUGGCUUUCAUGGCAAAGAGGCUUGCAUAAAUGGCUGGUAUUGGGACCUGAUUUUUAUACAAAAUUAUGCUACGCAGGAUGUGUGUCUGGAUCAGUCCUGGUAUCUCGCUGUUGAUAUGCAACUCUAUGUUUUAUCCCCCAUUUUGCUAAUCGCUCUCUAUAAAUGGGGCAAGAAAGCAGCCUUCGGAAUCAUUGUUCUUGUGGCGCUCCUACUGUGCUGCCUGUUUGCCACUCAAAUGGUUAAUAAUUAUACAGUGUAUAACAAGCUUACAGGUGAUGAUCCUGAGGCUAAUCAAAAGUUGUAUCUAGCCACCCACACGCAUUGUGCUCCUUGGCUCAUUGGAUUCCUGUUUGGCUACUUUUUGCACUCAAACCGUGGUAAAAAGUUUGAGCUAAGCUGGAGAAUGGUUUUGUUGGGCUGGAUCCUAUGCUUGGCCAUGAUCUUUACAUCGAUCUUCGCCCUAUAUCCUGCUGGCAAGAGCGGUGCCCCUCCUCUGUCUACAGUAGCAGAGUCCCUUUACUACACCCUUUCGCGCUUGGGCUGGCCUCUGGCUGUGGGCUGGGUGGUUUUUGCCUGCAUCCAAGGAUACGGAAGCUUAGCCAACAGUUUUCUGUCCUCGCCUUUAUGGCAGCCCCUCUCAAGGCUCUCGUAUUCGGUCUACAUCUGGCACAUGUUCAUCCAGGAGGUUAACAGCAGGAAUGUACGGACAAGUACCUACUUCUCGGGAUACACUGUGAUGAAAAAUUUCUGGUCAGACUUUGGCAUAAGCUUGGUUAUGUCCUAUGCAUUAUUUCUUAUAAUUGAGGCUCCAGUCGGUGGACUAGAUGCCCUCUGGAGACCUCGUACAAACACGAAGCCCAAUCAGCCAAUAUUGACAUCAGUGGAGACACAAAACCCCCCAACUGAAGGAAAUAAAAUCGAAAAACUCGAACUUACUACAUAGCAAUAAUUUUCCACAACUGAUAAAUCAGAUUACUUUUAAAGAAUUUUAGAAAAUGUUUGUAAGAUAAGGAAUAAUUAAAAAGUGUUAUGACUCAUAUUUUGUAAACUAUACUUCAUUGAAUAAAAUUGACGUUGAGCGUUGUUAGCUCUCAAGUGUGGUUCU